GCACAAACGAAUGUUCUUCAAUGCAGUGUUUCUCCCAAAACUAAUGCUUCUUUGUUGGAAUAAAUUGUGUGCAAGUCUUCGUUUGUAUUGUUCAUUAGAAAGAUAUUUGAAAUGUCCAUUUUUAACGCGCAGCAGUUUUUAGGUGCAUUGUAUAAACGUUACAUAAUUUCACUACCAUCAAUAAACUUGUCUAGAACUCAAAAAAUUCUUAUUAUCUGUGUUACUGGAGGGUCCUUGCUCUUAGGAGGAUUAGCACAAUUUUUGAAAAGACGAAGAAGACAUCCUCUUCCAUCUUCGAGAAGACCAUUAAGGGAAUUGAAACAAAGAUAUGCUGCUGUAAAGAAUUCUAAUUUUGAUGUAUUAUCACAAGCAUCAUGGGCAAGAAAAAGUGAAGCCAGCAGUAGAAGUCAUAUAAGUGAUCGUGCGUCACUCAUAUCUUCUGUGCCAGGAGGUCCAGAUGGUGAUGUAAGACUUACUCCACAACAAUAUGGGGUGCUUGGUUUGGAGGCUCUGGAAAAAGCUCUCUAUUGCUGGGAGGAUGCUCUUACUGCGUUCAGCUCCUCACUCAAUAAUGGUACACUCGCAUUACCAUCUAAGGCGGAUGCAGCAUUUACGGACGAUGUGCAAAAACUUCUUAACAUAGGUUAUCAAAUACAGAACCAUGCAGAACUCCUUUUUAUCGACCAGCAUUCAGUAUUAUUUCGAAACGAAGAUGAAGAAAGUGUAGAUAGCCAUAAGCCUUCAAAUAUAGGCAGCCGAAUAUCUGGUAAAGAUAAAGCAGAUGCCGCAUCUUCUCCGGAAUCUUUUGAAUCUGCACGUGAUGGAGUAGCAGAUCUACGGGAAUUUGAAGAAUUUUCUGAAUUUUUUCCGCAUUUUGAAAAACAAAAACUAUAUCAUGCUGCUCUCAAACAACACGAAGACAAAGGUAUUCUAUGCAGACGAUUACAUACAGAGUUAGUGAAGUGUGGUUCAGAUGUAGAAUAUUUAGCGAAGGUGCAUUGUUUGCGACAAGCGUAUACUAAAUUAUUUACUAUACCUUCUGCCAGAGAGUGGAUUGCAGAUAUAGGCCGACAAGUCAUUAGUGAUUUGAUCAUGUAUGCAGACAGGGAUCCAAAGGAUUAUUUAAUACAUUACGAACGAAUGUUAGAAUUCUUACAAGAACGAAAUAAUCGCAGUAUUAUGGAGGAAGAAUUAACUGGAAGGGGAGUAAAAUGUAUGAACUUCUAUGAUGUUCUGAUUGAUUUUAUUUUACUAGACGCUUUUGAAGAAGUUGAAAAACCACCUUCGUCAAUUAAAGCUAUUUUACAAAAUAGGUGGAUAUCCGCUAGUUUUCGUGAAACUGCAAUUGGAACUGCAGUUUGGUCUGUUCUUAUGGGUAAAAGACAAAUGUUAAAAUAUGACAAAGGCUUUUUGGCACAUUUUUAUUCGAUUUCUGAACAAAUUUCACCAGUACUUGUGUGGGGUUUCUUAGGUCCAGAAGGAAGUCUAUGUUCCACUUGCCACUAUUUCAGAGAUCAAGUAAUAGAAUUCCUUGUAGAUAUAUUUAAUUUCUUUAAAGUAAGAUAUACCACUGUCGAUAAUCUUGCUGAAGAUAUACUCAAUGAAAUGAAAAUAAGAGUUGAAAACAUAAAUCAAAGACUUUCUCUAGAAGGUUGUUAA